CAUGAGCAAACGUCAUAAGUCAGCGGUGAUAGGGCUGCCAAGAGCUAACGUUGACGAAGAGAGCUAGCCGGGUAGGUCCCUCACUCCAGGCGAGCAUUCCGUGCCAAGACUUUUUACCUAACCCCAAAUUUUAUUCUGGUUUGGAGAAUACUUCAUUACUUGCUCAGAUAUGCGCUUAGGAAACUAAAUACCCAACCGUUGAUUGCAUCUAAUACUUCUGCCCUUCUAUCUACCAAGGACAAACAGAAGACAAAACUCCAUUCCACCUUCCAGGGACUGCGACUUGGAGCGGGAAACAAGCUUGGGACUGCAGGCAUGGAACGAACCAAGAUCAUCCAUCAGCUGGACACGCCGUUUUCAACGGCCCAUUGGCCUCAAAUAAACCAGGAAGACCAAGCGGCAAUUCUUGAGCUCCUCUGCAAUCUUCUUUCCCCACUUGGCCAGUAUCGCAAGUCCUUCAUUACUCCCUCGAAGGGGAAGAGGGACAAAUCUCGGAAGCGUAAGAGUCGAGAUGAUUCCGUCUCGCAUCCCGCCGUCCCUCCAGCUGUCCCUCCAACCCCUGAGUUGGCUACGUCUCUGGAUGUAGGGCUGGCAAAGAUCUCCAGGUCCUUGGAGAAGCUGUCAAGCAGGGCGACCCCAUCUCAUUCCACAGGAGGUGAGGACCAAGAAGACAAAAAGACGUCAGCUAGUCCUGGCCCUGGUCCGUAUGCGGUCGUGUUCGUUGCCCGCUCGGGACAGUCUUCGGCGUUUCACUCCCAUUUUCCGCAGAUGGUUGCAACGGCAUCCAGUUGCCUGCCAGAAGGCCAGUCUAUCAGGCUUGUUGGCUUCUCAAGGGCUUGCGAAGACCGGUUGAGUUCCUGUCUCGGCAUUCCUCGCGUCUCAUGCAUUGGUCUGCGUGAGGGCUCGCAGCUGGCCAAGGGAAUAAUCGAAUUCGUGAGAGACCAUGUUCCGCCUGUCGAUGUUCCGUGGCUUCGAGAGGCGCGAGACGGCCAAUUUCUCAAGCCCAAGAUCAACGCCUGCGAGACAACGGUCGGGGUGAAGCGGCCGAAAACGUCAUGAAUCCAAGCUUAUUCUUCGCUGCUUUUUGAAACCGCUGAUUCAGCAGCCGCCGAGGUGCUGUAGUAGUCCAAGCAUUGUUCUCCCUGCUGGUUGAAUUGCCAUCCUCAAACUGCCAGAACAGAAAGGCCACGCUCUUAUCCGAGACAAACAGAAUGGCUGUCCUUUACGGGGCUGCCCAACCAAGUCCAGCUUGCUUUGUCUCCUUCACUGUAUAUGUACUUACCGCUUUGCAAGUUGGCGGCCAUGG